GCUAAUUUCCCUGGCAAAUAAAACAGCAGCUGCUGGUCCAUGAACCAACUUACCACUCAGAACAGGGCACUGUAUGCAUGGGACAGGAUGCUUUCAUGGAGCCCCCCAGCUGCACAUUUUGGAUCAUUCAGUGCAAAAUAUACCUCCUUCUUAUAGCAGGUACUUGUUCAGGGUUGAAAGUGACAGUGCCUUCACACACGGUCCAUGGCAUCAGGGGUCAGGCCCUCUACCUCCCUGUGCACUAUGGCUUCCACAGUCCAGCAUCAGACAUCCAGAUCAUAUGGCUGUUUGAGAGACCUCACACCAUGCCCAAAUACCUGCUGGGCUCUGUGAAUAAGUCAGUGGUUCCCGACUUGGAAUUCCAACACAAGUUCACCAUGAUGCCACCCAAUGCGUCUCUGCUCAUCAACCCACUGCAGUUCACUGAUGAGGGCAAUUACAUCGUGAAGGUCAACAUCCAGAGAAAUGGAACUCUAUCCUCAAGUCAGAAGAUUCAAGUUACUGUUGAUGAUCCUGUCACCAAGCCAAUGGUGCAGACACAUCCUUCCUCCGGGGCUGUGGAGUACGUGGGGAACAUGACAUUGACAUGCCAGGUGGAAGGGGGCACCAGGCUGCUUUACCAGUGGCUAAAAAAUGGGAGGCCUGUUCAUACCUGUUCCACCCACUCCUUUUCUCCCCAAAACAACACUCUUCAUAUUGCUCCAGUGACCAAGGAAGAUGUUGGAAAUUACAGCUGUCUGGUGAAGAACCCUGUCAGUGAACUGGAAAGUGACAUCAUUGUGCCUACCAUAUAUUAUGGACCUUAUGGACUUCAAGUUAAUUCUGAUAAAGGGCUGAAAGUAGGGGAAGUGUUCACUGUUGACCUUGGAGAGGCCAUCCUUUUCGAUUGUUCUGCUGAUUCUUAUCCUCCCAACACGUACUCCUGGAUCCAGAGGACUGACAAUACAACAUAUAUCAUUAAGCAUGGGCCUCUCUUGGAAGUUGCAUCUGAGAAAGUAGCUCAGAAGACAACUGACUAUGUGUGUUGUGCUUAUAAUAACAUAACUGGCAGGCGGGAUGAAACUCAUUUCACAGUCAUCAUCACUUCUGUUGGACUGGAGAAGCUUGAGCAGAAAGGAAAAUCGCUGUCCCCUUUAGCAAGUAUCACUGGAAUAUCACUAUUUUUGAUUAUAUCCAUGGGUAUUCUCUUUCUAUGGAAAAAAUAUCAACCGUACAAAGCUAUAAAACAGAAGCUAGAAGGCAGGCCAGAAACAGAAUACAGGAAAGCUCAAACAUUUUCAGGCCAUGAAGAUGCCCUGGAUGACUUUGGAAUAUAUGAAUUUAUUGCUUUUCCAGAUGCCUCUGGUAUUCCUAGGAUGCCAAGUAGGUCCAUUCCAAUCUCAGAUGGUGCAUCAGGGCAAGAGUUGCAUGGUACGAUUUAUGAAGUUAUUCAACACAUCCCUGCCCAACAACCAGAUGAUCCAGAGUGAAUUUUCUUGGCAAAGCAGUACAUUGAAGUGAGACAACGAAGGACUAUUUUGAGGGAAAAUACCUGCAAUCAUUGAAAAAAACAAGCCCAAUACCUCUUACUCAUUGCUUCUUUUAAAGCAGAAGAGCAGCAUUUAUAAAUCAUAAACUGGUUUUUCCUCACGUGUGUGCACCUUUGUGCGCACGCACACGCACACACAAACGUGCGGUGUGUUAUGCCACAAAGGACAGUGGUAGAAAAGUAUUCUUCAGUGUACAUUGUUUGUCAUGUUGCCUGGAAAGAAGGAAUAAAGGCUCCCAAUCACUCUUCCUACAUUAUAUUUCUCUAAAAGCCCAUUAUAAUAGGCAUAUGCAUUCUAAUGCAUUCUAGGGCAUACUUCCUCUUCCAUCAGUGUUGAUGCUGUUUGUCUCAUUUAUAAACAUGGAAACCACAUUUGUAAAGCUUUUUUCCAGUAGGUUUUUUUUAAAAUUAAACUCUCAUUAGUGCUAAGAUCGCUGUAGUUUUUUAAUUCCCAAAUUCAUUUCUUGUUAUUUGUGCCACAAAAUAAUAGACUUGGUUUUCCCAAAAGUAACACUGUGCCUUCUCUGUCAUUGUCAAUCGGCUUGAUUAUCAAGGGUGUUUUCGAAAAGACUUGCAAACUGUUUAAGAAAAUGGCUUACUAAAAUUCUGUUUUUUAUUUUUGUUCAGAGAAAAAUAUAUUCAAAUAAAUUAUUCUGUCUUUGCUUUUU